UCCGCUUUAAUAGUUUCAGCACGUUAGCACUCCGCUGAAGGGACUGAAAGCUGUCUAUGGAUUUACGGUCUUUGAUCCGCUUGCCGAGGAUAUUUUAUCAUGAGUCCACCUAUUCAGUUCUCGCCUUGAUUAGCAAGCACAUUAGUAGCGAGCUUACUUUUCGAGCACUUUGUAUCCUAAUGACGCGGUGCUCGUUGUUAGUCAACGAAACCCAGUUUCUCUCAUUUGUUGUCACACCAGCAUCCCUCGCAUUCGGAUGCACAAUAGGCGUCCCUUUGUUUCAGGAUAAUGAGGCCGCCCUCAUCGAAUUCGUUCUGCGCUCCAGUUAUUGUCCUGUCGCCUCAUUUUUCAUUCUUCUAGUGACUGACAUUGACGGCGCAUUUACAGAGCCGACAAUCAUCGUUUUCUUUGUUGGUUAGCAACCUUUUUUCGUUUGGGGACAUUCGGCUGACUCCUGGACGACUGCGUAUAUGGUUACUCUCUCCCCUGUGGUGCUGAUGACCUUAAGUCUUCGGGCUACACUCGGGUGUGCAUACUUGUGAUUGCUGCAAUCACGACAUCUGAGUCCCCCAUCUCAUCUCGUCAGUUAACCUUUCAUGUCAGUUGUCGCGGCAGAUGUCCAUCAAAUACUGGAACGCGCUGUCCUCACAACUUGUGGUUGGCCAGUUGCCUAACCCACGUCCCUCUCGUGCUAAUUUUUGCACAUUCGUGCAUCAGCUGCACACAAGGACCAUCUCAGACACACGCAAGUAUACACCACUCCUCUGUGUGUACAGCUGAUGAUAGCGUUAGAAUUGCUCAUCGAUUCGAAAAAUCAAUCCUGAU